AUGUUGUCAUCUGCAGGUAAGAAGAAAAGGAUAAUUAUAUUAAAGAAAACAGAUGCCCCAAAUUUGAGAGUUGUUGCCAAGAGAGAGUCUGAUGUCAGCAUUUACCAGGAAAAUAUUUCGACGAUCCUUCUCAAUACAAACGCGACCCCCAUCCGUUCGAGAUCAAGUCUCGGAUACACUUGCUGCUUCUGCCCUAACCAAUACCAAAGUCCAGCUGAACUUAAAGAACACUCACAACAACACACAGCGUCAACUAAAGCUUAUUUCAUGUCUGGUGUGUCCAUAUACGAUUUUUCAGUUAAAUUAGACAUAACUGAUUUGAAAUGCACUAUCUGUGAUACUCCCGCACCAACCAUCCAGGAUAUGACUGAACAUUUACAAGAAAAGCACAACAAAAAAUACAAUAGAAGUGCCAAUAAUUAUAUAAUUCCUUUUAAAUUUGACGCUGAUGUAUUAAAAUGUAUCAUUUGUAAGAAGAUAUUCAAUAACUUCAAAGUCCUGACCGAGCAUAUGAACAGCCAUUUUGAAAAUUGUAUGUGUGAAGUUUGUGGCGCUAGUUUCGUUACACGGAAGACUUUGAAAAGACAUGUCUACAGACAUGAAACUGGUCAUUUUUCUUGUAAGUUUUGCAGUAAAAAUUUUGUGACGAAAGUUAGAAAAAUUGAACAUGAAAAAGCUGUCCAUAUAUACAUGAAUAGAAGGAACAAAUGUGGUUUUUGCGGAGAAAAGUUCACAGAUUAUACCAAGAAGAAUGAUCAUGAAGUCGAAAAGCAUGGAGUCAAUCCGCUGGUAAUAAACUGUAAAUAUUGCAAUAGGAAAUAUUCUAAUCAAAGAGCUUUAACAGUACACCAGAAAGCUGUACAUUUGUUGGUGAACAAAAAAACUGCAAUG